AUGACUUCAGCUUGUGUGAAUCAAUUGGACGCUUCACAAAUUAAUGGAAUUUCACAACCUGAACAACUUGCAAACAUUCCUGCUUUAUCGUUUGCUGGAUUUUCAUCUAAUCAAAUUUCCAAGCUGCUUCCAAAGACGUGCUCUGGUUUUAAAUCUGAUCAAGUUGUCAAGAUGAAUAAUAAUUAUCCCAACUAUGCAUGUCAAGGUUUCAAAUCAGAAUGUCUUUCAAACAUUCCAGCAAAAGCUUUCACUGGCUUCUCAAGUGCCUGCAUUUCACUUGUGGACGCCUUACAGAUGAGUGGAUUAUUAUCCUCACAAUUGGAACAACUUCCUGAUGCUGCAUAUUCUGGUUUCACCUCAAAGCAAAUUGCCCAAUUUACACCUGCAGCGUGUGCUGGCAUUUCCAGUAAUCAAGUAUCCAAACUUAAUAACGGUUAUCCAAACUAUGCAUGUCAAGGUUUCAAAUCCGAUUGUCUUUCAAACAUUCCAGAUCGUUCUUACACUGGUUUUACAAGUACUUGUGUUACUUUUUUGGAAGCGUCACAAGUCCAUGGAAUUUCAUCUUUUCAGUUGAAACAGAUCACUCCAAAUGCUUUCAGCGGUUUCACAUCACAACAGGUGUCCAAUCUGGAUCCACUUUCAUGUUCUGGAAUUACCAGCUCCCAAGUUUCUUCUUUUAACAACGGUUUUCCAAACCAUGCUUGCCAAGGUAUCACAGCCACAUGUCUUUCAAGUAUUUCAGAGGCAAGUUAUUCUGGAUUUAAAUCUGUUUGCCUUUCGAACAUACCUCCAGAAAGUAUGAAGGGAAUUGCUGCUUCUCAGUUGAGAAAUAUUCCAUUUGAUCAAAUCAAAGGUCUCACCCAGGCUCAAGUUGCAACACUGAACAAUUCUACAUGUUCUGGAUUCACGGCUUCUCAAAUCAACAAAUUAAGCUCCUCUGCUUGUAGUGGAUUCAAAUAUGGAUGCCUGUUUGAGAUGACACCUCUCAAUAUUGUAUCUUCUUUGACCUCACAAUGUUUUUCAAAUAUUCCCUCUGCAUCUGCUUCUGGAUUUAAACCGGAAAGUAUUCCUUACUUUACGACAGACACACUUACAGGUCUUCAAUUGAAUCAGCUUGUGACAUGGUUCAAUUCAUAUGGAGAGAAAUAUUUUGUUUCAGUUGCAACUCAGAAACAAUUGUCAGCAGUGAGCAGUGGUGUUAUAUUGAAAUUUAAGGAAAAGAUUGAAAACUCUGAGAUUCAAAGAAAAAGACAAUUGGCUUUGGCUCAGCUCUCUUCUCUCACAUGGCUGCAAUUAAGUCUUUCCACAGAUGAUUCUUUGAAGAAUGUGUUAAACGCAAAUACCAUCACAGAUAUUACUUUUGAUCAGACGUUCUAUGGUCUUCUCAACAAUGUCCACAUGUUACCUGAAGAUGUAUUUUCAACGCUCAAAGUUCAGAGUUUUUCUUUCUUUUUAAGCGAUACUGUGAGUGGGAUUACAGCUGAACAAAUUUCUCAUAUUGUUCCAAAAGCAUUCAACUAUCCAAAUGGCCUCACAUCUAAUGUUCCAUCCAUUAAUUCAAGCUCAGUGAAAGGAAUUACUGAUCAACAGCUCGACAUGCUCCUCACAGAUGAUAAUCUUGCUAAAUUAUUCACAUGCACACAAUUUAGAGCAAUGACUCUUUCUCAAUGGAAUUACAUUAGACACACUAAUAGCUAUAGACAGUUGGAGAGCAAAUGUGGAUCUAUUUCUCCAGGACCGUCGUCGUAUCCACCAAAAGAGAACCCCUCAAGACCAAAUCCUGUACAACCAUCUCGUUCUCACAGCAGAUUGAAGGAAUUAAGAUCAUCAGGAAUGAGUGUCAUGAAAUAUAGUAACGCAAGCUAUUUUGCUUUGCUACUAAUGCCAAUCAUCAUUACAGCUUUGGUACAAUAA